AUGACCUCGAAACUAUCUUCCAUGCUUUUACCCGGCGAUGAGUCAAACACGGACAAAGAUGCAAAGACGGAUCAAGAUUCGCAUUGCGAUAAACCAGACAACGCAGAGUCAUCUCAAAGUAACGUCCAACUCGCUUCAGAAGAAGAGGAGGUAGAACCCCUCGAUGGAACGAGGCGGACUUCACAGGCGGGGGGUGAAGAGUUCAACCCAGACGCCCAUGAACAAAUCAGAAGUCUAGCCAUGUCCCUACCAAAGGCAAGACUCCAGGAAAACAGGAUGGCGAAUUUUGCAUACGAAACCGUGUCAAUGCCGCCGUCGCGUGUUCCAUCCAGAGAUAGUGAGGCGCCUGGCACUCCACGUGGCUCAAUACGACAGGGCCAUGAUUCCAUAUCCUCAGCAUUUCAAUCCCCUCCAUUAACACCACAUGGCUCGAAAGAUGGCAAGAUUGACUCGGCCUCAGCGGCAAGAGGCCAGCAGGCACAGGCUGCAAUAACUCCUCAAACAUCUCCUCCUCCCGAGUCUCACAGCCAGGCUCUAUCCCAGAGUAUAUCGCCAUCCCAUCCAGUAUCUAGACCAUCUUCUUCUGAACAAUCCUCCCCCAAAGUUGAUCAAGGACGAGAAAAACGGAUACCAAAGUUUGAGAUUGGUCCGUCUGAAUCGGCAAGUCCAACAGAUCAGAGUCCUGUCGGAACACCUAAACUUCGACCUUCCUCACCCCAACCGGGUAAACUGCCGCCGUCCAAAGCGGGACAAACAGAGCCUCGUCACUUUGGAAGCACUGGAAGGGGCUCACUUGCCCCAGCGAUUGCGGCUGCGGCAGAGCGGAUACCCCGGCAAGGAAGUAGUGGAGACAUUUCAGGCUCAGAAAAGAGGGCGUCGAUAUUUGGUAACAAGAAAGAUCCCUACCUCCAUCUUAACGAUAGUGGAAGCGAAAAGGCUGGGCUGGACGGGAAAAAACAUGGAUCCAUGUCUGAAUUGAAGCGAUUUUUUAGAAUCGGCGGUCACGGUCACGGUCACGGUCACGGCCACAAGCACAAGCACACUCCACAAGUCUCUGCUGCAUCAUCAGUUCCGGCGUCGAGGAAAUCCACCAGCUCAAAAUCCGGAACCAGAACUCCUCCUCAUCAGGCACCGCCUACAAACGUUCCGUUUAUGGACGAGCACAGUCUUGAGGCUAAAUACGGCAAAUUCGGCAAAGUUCUAGGCUCGGGAGCUGGCGGUUCGGUGAGACUGCUCAAACGAAGCAGUGAUGGGGUCACUUUUGCCGUCAAACAAUUCCGAGAAAAGCACUCUUGGGAGAGCGAGAAGGACUACUCGAAGAAGGUGACGGCCGAAUUUUGCAUCGGUUCGACCUUGCAUCACGGAAACAUUAUCGAGACCAUGGAUAUUAUCCAGGAAAAUCAUCGAUGGUAUGAGGUGAUGGAAUACGCGCCGUACGAUCUAUUCGCCAUUGUCAUGACAGGGAAAAUGUCGAGGGAAGAAAUUGCUUGUUCUUUCCUCCAGAUUGUCAACGGUGUGAGCUAUUUGCACAGCAUGGGCCUGGCGCACCGCGAUCUGAAGCUGGAUAACGUGGUGGUUAGUGAGCAUGGAAUUAUGAAGUUGAUCGACUUUGGAAGUGCCACAGUGUUCAGAUACCCUUUCGAGAAUGACAUUGUACUGGCUUCAGGAAUUGUUGGAUCCGAUCCUUACCUUGCCCCUGAGGUGUAUGAAGAAAAGAAGUACGAUCCCACAGCCACAGAUAUCUGGUCUUUGGCCAUCAUCUUCUGUUGCAUGUCUCUCCGCCGUUUCCCCUGGAAACAACCACGAAUUGUCGAUAACUCAUACAAGUUGUUUGUCUCUCCUCCUACGCCGGGAACUCCUGUUCCAGAUUCCAAACCUCGAAAAGCCUUACAUGCGAGCCCAAACGAGGAAAGACAUCAUUCGGAAGCCAACGGGAAUCAUUCAAACCAUCAUCACCAUUAUUCAGAGAGCGCCGAUGGUGGUGAAUCAAGGCCCACCACUUCGAGCGGAGAUAAGCAGGAAGUUAUCAAAGGCCCAUGGCGAUUACUUCGCAUCCUUCCGCGAGAGAGUCGCCACAUCAUUGGUCGAAUGCUCAAAGUUGAUCCUGCGGAACGUGCAACCAUGGAUGAAGUUCUCGAGGAUGACUGGGUUUUGAGCUCCAAGGUCUGUUAUCAAGAAGAAAAUGGCACUGUUCAUCGUGCUGAGGGCCACACACAUAUUCUGGAGGCUGGAUCUGGUGGACCUCCUCCGGCUAAGGUGUGA